AUGGUGUCUCCCAUAUACAUCCCCGACUCUCCCCUGGCCCGUAUCAGUCCCCGCUCCCCCCAUUUCUUUCCCUUGAAAUCGCCUCUGCCAUCCCCAUUCGUCUUCAAAACCCCUGUAAAGUCUCCAGAAUCCUCUCCUCGCUCUCCUGUCCCGAUAUCUAUCGGUAACCUAUGGUGCCUUCUACCAUUCCUCGUGACGGCUCUACAUGUGCUGCUGGCGCCGCAUACGAAGGUGGAAGAAACACCUGGUUUACAUGCCGUGCACGACCUGUUGAAAUAUGGCGUAAAUCAGAUCGACAAGUAUGAUCACGUCACGUACCCAGGACCUGUAGCAAGGUCGAUGAUCCCAAGUAUCAUACUUUCAGCAGCCGCUUAUCCUUUGUCACUUCUAACAGGGAUUGAUGAAGGACCCCAUCUACAGAUUCUGAUCCGCUUGGUCCAAUCGGCCAUGUUCUCCGCCGCCGUCGUUCAUCUGUCAAGAUCCAUUGGGAUGUAUUACAAGUCGCCUUUGACCUCGCGUCUCUUCUUGCUCUUCUCCAUGACACAAUUUCAUGUGCCUUUCUAUGCUGGACGGACGUUGCCCAACUUUAUGGCUUUGCCUUUUGUUCUGUGGGGUUGUUCCUACGUCAUACGGCCGCAGCAGUCUGCUCGCGGGGUGAUGCAGGGGAUCUGCCUUUCAACUCUUACAGCAACAAUCUCUAGACUAGAACUCGCUCCUCUUGCCAUCGCCCUUGCAGGUAUCAGUGUCUUGCAAGGUCGAGUCUCCUUUACACGAGGUCUGCUCAGCGGGGCAGCAGGAGGCUUCCUCGGUCUCGCCUUGACAAAUUCUGUCGACACCUACUUCUUCGCCCCAAUCUCUCACCUAUACCCAUACUACCAAUGGCCCGAACUCUCCGCGGCAGUGUUCAACAUUGUCCAGGGCAAAUCUGCUGAUUGGGGCGUCAUGCCGGGAUGGUAUUAUCUUGCUGCGCUGGUCAAGCUUGGGAUGGGGGCGGUACCAUUCUGGGGGUGCGGUGUCUACAUGGGGUUGAGAGGAGAAAGGGUGGAACGGAGAAUGGUUCAGUUGGUUUUGGGGUGUUUGAUUGCUUCUGUUGGGUGUUUGAGCCUUGUCGGACACAAAGAAUGGCGUUUUAUAAUUUAUUCCAUACCCCUUCUCAAUAUACUAGCAGCUCGAGCCGCUGCAACCCUUUGGCACGCCUACAUCUCCAGUAGAUAUCUUAAGCUCAAGUCACAAAAGAUACAAGCCCACCUAUGCAAGACCAUCAUUAUCCUCACAAUCCUCGCAAAUGUAUUUCUGACAAUCAUAUUCACAUCCAUCAGUCGACUCAACUACCCUGGUGCCACAGUCGGCAAGAUCCUCGUCGAGCUCGCUCAUCAGAACCAAUCCUCAACCGAGGUACACAAAGUCUACCUCUCAGCUUCAGCCCUCCACUCUGGCGCCACCCUACUCACCCUCCCCUCCUCUUUCCUAUCCACUGCCCUGGGCUUACAGCUAGACCAUCCAGAAUCGGCUUAUGAGCGCUGCUCCUCGCCCUGGGGUAAUAGUCCCCAGGAACUAUGGGAUGGGGGGUAUAUGUGGGUGGUAGGGGAUGAGUGGGAGGAGUUUGAGAGGUCUGGGGGGUGGGAGGUCGUUGGGGAGAUUGAGGGGUUUGCUGGAGUGGGGAGAGGUGGGAUCGUCAGUGGUCGGAGGUUGGCGGUAUUGCAACGGACUGAGGUAUGA